AUGCGCGACGGAGUCAUCAGCUUUGAUAACACGAGAGUUGGGCGAUCGGGACUGUCCGUUGAAAUUUGGUACACCUGGCCACAGCGUGACACCCGGCACAUUACGGCCCGCUUACGGCCGGCGGGCGCACACCGCGCGCGGCCCUCCAGGAUGCAGCACGCGUCGACGCUCGUCGUUCUAACGCUGUUACAACUAUGCCGAGCGGAAAUACCUAAUGCGUUACCGGAAUGGUACGCGGCAAACCUAAUAAACGACGCGGGAUUCCAACCAAAGCCAAUCACGGAGAUAUUCACAACGCAAGCGACGUUCUCGUCUAAGAAUCCUAUUGUGGUUACAUCGACGACCCCCGGUUCGGAAACGGAAGUGGUGUUUUCGACGUCGCCCACUACUAGGACUCAAACAACUGUGGCGGAAUCGUUGCCGUCUACUGAAGACACCACCCAGAAGGUUAUACCGCUGCGAGAGAACCGUCCACCAGCGUCACAACCGCUGGACAUACCGAGGCAGGUGUAUCAACCACCACCGCAACAUAUACAAGUUUUAGUAGCGCAGCCGCCUCAGCAAGUUCUAACUCCACAGCAGAUUCAACCGUCCCCGCAAAUUCCACCGGCCCCCCAAAUUCCCCCAUCCCCCCAAAUCCAAUUGCCACCACAUCCGGUAAACCAGCAACAGACAACGGGGCAACCUAACUAUUUCCUCAUAUACCAGCAAGCGCCGCUUUCCAUACAACAGUACCCCCAAUCCGCAUCUCAGUCGAGACCAAGCUCCCCAUCGACGCCGCAAACGACCACACAACUGGCCGAGACGCAAACAACAACACAAGAGGCGACUCGGCUAACUACACAGCCACCGACGGUAAUAACAGAAAAAAUUGAGGAAACCAGAUCGACUGACAUUUUGACAACUCAAACAUCAACCACACCAGUUCCCAAGAGCGCACACAGGAAUGUCCGUCAGGGUCCGUUUAAUUUCAGCUCCACGGUUGGCCCGUUCGGCGGGGCUUGGCAAAGUCCAAGCACUGUCCCGGGCGCCGCGUACUCUAACCCACCAAUCAGUUCCACGAUACUACCCAGCGGUCCAUACGUCCCAUGUUCAAAUCCAAGCACUGCUGGAAGAGUCCCCAAAACAACUCCGAGUGCCUUGCCACCGCAGAAACAGAAUGGGCUAUCGGGGCUCACGAUACGCGUUUCCGCGCCAAGAGGUUCCAUCACAAAUAUAAAAAUCAAUCCAUCAACAACGACGAAGAAGCCGCCCAGACCGCGAAGGAAGGGCAACAAUUACAAUAACUGCGUGGACUCUUGCAGAGGGAAGAAGGAACCGCUUUGUGCAGCUCCGUUAGCAGUUAUACCGAUAGAUCCAGACAAUUUGAAGGGUUUCCCUUCGAUCUGCCACUUGGCGUGCCACAACUCUUUUAGAAAAAAUCAACCUUACGAGAAAAUUAUGGACGGACGGUGCAGUAAACUGAGGACGCGCAUCCGUACCUUUGACAAGAACAAGCUUAAAAGGGAAGAACUGAAUAAGGCACAGUACACGGUACUGAACAACGGCCCAGAAACUGUCGUCCAAGUUAUACAAAACGAAAGGAGUGGUCUAUUU